GCCACCGCCGCUACAGCCGCGUCUUCAACACCAGGGCUAGGAAAGCCGCGCCGCUCACAGGCAUGGACAGUGGUAGCACCAGCAGCCGCAACAGCGAUCCGGCUGCUGGCCCCGAUCCGGAAGGGGAGCAAUGGCUCAACGGGUAUCCUUUGGACCCAGAUGGCAGCUCCCCGGACAGCACCCAGACCAAGGCUGUGGCCCCUGAGGCAAGCCCAGAAAGAAGCUGCUCCCUCCACAGCUGCCCCCUUGAGGACCCUUCCAGCUCUUCGGGACCCCCACCAACAACUUCCACCCUCCAGCCUGUGGGUCUGUCCAGCCCCUUGGCCCCUGCCCACUUCACCUAUUCCCAGACACCACAGGAAUACCAGGGGAGCAAUUCCCUCCCAGGACAUGGGGAUCAGGCAGCUCUGUGCUCCCAUGGUUCCAGCUUCAGCCCUUCCCCAGCCCCCUCACAGCGAGAUGGGGCCUGGAAGCCACCCUCUGUGCAGCAGCAUGUGGUCAGCGUCAGGCAGGAACGGGCCUUCCGGAUGCCAAAGAGCUAUGCCCAGCUGAUUGCUGAGUGGCCAGUGGCCAUGCUGCUGCUGUGUCUGGUUGUCGUCCUCUUCUGCACCCUGGCUGGACUGUUGGGGGGCCAGUUGCCCAACUUCUCCAAGCCUUUGCUGGGCUUUGAGCCUCGGGACACAGACAUUGGGCGUAAGCUAGUGGUCUGGAGAGCACUGCAGGCCCUUACAGGCCCCAGGAAGCUGCUUUCCCUUUCCCCAGAACUUGAGCUCAACAGCUCAAGCUCCCACACCUCUCUGAGCCCCACACCCUGGGACAGUGCCCAGGAGGGCGUUGUCCGGCCUCGGAGGAUGGUGGAACCCGUGGAGGACAAAGGGCAGGAGAGCUUCUUCUGUGGCCCCCCUGAGAAGAGCUACGCACAGCUGGUGUUCAUGUCCACCUCAGAGGGCAGCCUGUGGAACGUGCAUGCCAUCCAUUCCAUGUGUCGCAUGGAACAGGAUCAGAUCCGCUCCCAUACCCACUUUGGGGCUCUGUGCCAGCGUACAGCAACCAACGAAUGCUGCCCCAGCUGGUCCCUGGGCAACUAUGUAGCGGUGCUCUCCAACCGUUCCUCCUGCUUCGACACUACCCAAGCUGACACAGACCGCAUACUGGCCCUGCUUCGGGUCUGUGCAGUCUACUAUCACCGAGGUGUCCUGGUGCCCUCUUGUCUGGGACCCAGGCAGGACAAGCCCCCACACUGUGCCCAGGUUCCCACCAAGUGCUCCCAGAGCAGUGCCAUCUAUGAACUCCUGCACUUUAUGCUGGACAGGGACUUUCUGAGUCCCCAGACUGCUGACUACCAGGUGCCCUCCCUCAAGUUCAGCCUGCUCUUCCUGCCCACCCCAAAGGAUGCUUCCAUGUUGAGCAUCUACCUGGACCAGCUAAUCACUCCUGGGGUGCUCACUGACAACUACACUUCUGUCACCGGCAUGGACCUGGGAGUCAAGGAGGAGCUGCUGAAGCACUACCUGGCCCAGGAUACAGUGUACCCCUUGCUGGCCCUGGCUGCCAUCUUCCUCGGCAUCACCCUCUACCUGCGCUCAGUCUUCCUCGCGCUCAUGAUGCUGCUGGGGGUGCUGGGCUCCCUGCUGGUUGCCUUCUUUCUUUACCAAGUGGUCUUCCGCAUGGCCUACUUCCCCUUCAUCAAUCUGGCGGCCCUCAUCCUGCUCAGCAGCGUCUGCACCAACCACACGCUCAUCUUCUUCGACCUAUGGUGCCUCAGCAAGCGCCAGGUGCCCUCUGGGGGACUGGCGCAGCGCGUGGGCCGCACCAUGCACCACUUUGGCUACCUGUUGCUGGUCUCCGGCCUCACCACGAGCGUGGCCUUCUACGCCAGCUACCUGAGCCGCCUGCCAGCAGUGCGGUGCUUAGCCCUCUACAUGGGCACGGCUGUGCUGGCACAUCUGGCGCUCACGCUGGCCUGGCUGCCCGCCUCCGCCGUGCUCCAUGAGCGCUACCUGGUGGACGGCUGCGCGCAGGGUCCGUGGGGCAGCAGCGCGCCCGGGCGGCUGGCACUGGCGCUGCACCGGCGGCUCCGCGGCCUUCGGAGGGCCAUAGCCAUCACCUCGCGCCUGCUCUUCCAGCGUCUGCUGCCCUGUGGCGUCAUCAAGUUCCGCUACAUCUGGGUCUGCUGGUUCGCGGUGCUGGCGGCAGGGGGCGGCUACAUCGCCGGCGUCAGCCCCCGCCUGCGGCUGCCUACUCUGCAACCCCCCGGCAGCCAGUUCUUCCGGCCUAGCCACCCCUUUGAGCGCUACGACGCGGAGUACCGCCUGCAGUUCCUGUUUGAACAGGUGUCUGGGGACGAGGGUGGCCACAUGCCCGUAGUUUUGGUGUGGGGCAUCCUGCCGGUGGACACUAGCGACCCCCUGGACCCUCGCAGCAACAGCUCUCUGGUGAGUGACCCUGCCUUCUCAGCCAGCAGCCCUGAGGCCCAGCGCUGGCUGCUGGCACUUUGCCACCACGCCCGAAAUCAGAGCUUCUUUGGCAUGCAGCCGGACGGCUGGCCCACGCUGUGUUUCAUGGAGGCCUUGCAGCACUGGAUGGAGAGCCCCGGCUGCUCCCGCCUGGGGCCUGACCUCUGCUGUGGCCACUCAGGCUUCCCCUGGGCCCCGCAGCUCUUCCUGCACUGCCUGAAGAUGAUGGCUCUGGAGCAAGGCCCCAAUGGCACCCUUGACCUGGGACCCCGCUAUGAUACCCAUGGCAGGCUGGCUGCCUUGGUCCUGCAAUUCCAAACCAACUUCCAAUAUAGUCCAGACUACGGCCAGAUCCAUCACUUCUACGCUGAGGUCAGCCACUGGCUGGCCGCAGAGCUGGGCAUGGCACCUCCAGGCCUCCACCGGGGUUGGUUCACUAGUCGUCUAGAGCUGUUCAGCCUGCAGCAUAGCCUGACCACUGAGCCUCCUGUGGUUCUGGGCCUGGCUCUGGCGCUGGCCUUUGCCACACUGUUGCUGGGCACCUGGAAUGUUCCACUCAGCCUCUUCUCCGUGGCAGCCGUGGCAGGCACUGUACUGCUCACCGUGGGACUCCUGGUUCUACUCGAGUGGCAGCUCAACACUGCUGAGACGCUCUUUCUUUCUGCCUCUGUGGGCCUCGCAGUGGACUUCACUGUCAACUACUGCAUCUCCUAUCACCUGUGCCCACACCCUGACCGCCUGAGCCGAGUGGCCUUCUCCCUGCGCCAGACCAGCUGCGCCACAGCAAUGGGGGCUGGAGCCCUGUUUGCAGCUGGCGUGCUCAUGCUGCCUGCCACAGUGCUGCUCUAUCGCAAGCUGGGCAUCAUCCUCUUGAUGGUCAAGUUCGUCAGCUGUGCCUUUGCCAGCUUCUUCUUCCAAUCUCUGUGCUGUUUCUUUGGGCCAGAGAAGAACUGUGGGCAGAUCCUCUGGCCCUGUGCCCACCUGCCAUGGGACGCCAGUACUGGGGAGCCUGGGGAGGAGAAGGCAGGCCACCCACGACUAGGGCCAAUAGGAGUAGUGCCUGGGUCCUGCUCAGAGCAAUAUGAGCUACAGCCCCUGGCACGACGCCGGAGCCCCAGCUUUGACACCAGCACAGCUACCAGCAAGCUGUCUCACCGACCCUCAGUACUCUCUGAGGACCUACAGCUGCAUGAUGGUCCCUGCUGCCCCCGGCCCCCGCCGACCCCUGCCUCCCCAAGGGAGCUGUUCCUGGACCACCAGGCAGUCUUCAGCCAGUGCCCAGCCCUGCAGACCUCCUCCCCCUAUAAGCAGGCUGGCCCCAGCCCCAAAACCCGGGCCAGGCAGGACUCCCAAGGGCAGGAGGCUGAGCCCCUGCCGGCCUCACCAGAAGCCCCUGUCCACUCGCCCGAGCCCAAGGCUGCAGAGCUUCCUGAUGGCCUCUGCUCCUCAGCCAGCACCCUGGAGGGGCUGAGCGUCUCCGAUGAGACCUGCCUAAGCACCUCUGAGCCCAGUGCCCGUGUACCAGAUUCCGUGGGUGCCUCCCCAGAGGACCUGGAUGACACUGGGCAGCCAGUACCUGAGCGGGGCCAGAUGAAUGGGAAGCGGGAGACCCUGUGGCUGGCGCUGAAGGAGACGGUGUACGACCCAUUAUUGCCCACCUCCCACCAGAGCAGUUUGUCCUGGAAGGGCCAUGGGGGGGUGGGGGAUGGCAGCCCUGUGAUGCUGCCCAACAGCCAGCCAGAUCUGCCAGAUGUCUGGCUGCGCAGGCCCAGUACCCACACUUCAGGCUACAGCAGCUGA